ACUCAAAGCCAUCCUCAGCUAACGUUACAGAGAGAGAGAGAGAGAGAGCUGCUCAACAAUGGCGCCAUUCGACGAUGGAGAGGACCCGACGCAAGUCGAGACACAGGUCCAGUUUCCGUCACCCAUAGAUCAACCUUUCGACGAUGAUGGUUACAUGGGAUUGGGCUAUGACGACUUCUCCUCCUCCGGCGACCAACCGGCUCAUCAUCCUCCUCCGCCUGUUGCUCAUGUCACCACUGAUGAUCUCCCCCUAGACCCCAUCUCGGGUGACCCGGCUGUAUACGGUGUUACUAGCCCCGAUGUCUAUGGUUUCGGGAUUCCCGCCUCGAACAUCCCCGAUGACUACGCGUCGCCUUUCGAAAUGUCCGUUACCGAUGCCAAUGGCGACGGCCAGGCGCACGAUAGCGACGCUACUGAUGGCAUUUUCACCUCUGACGGACCUCUUCUCCCUGAUCCCUCCCAGAUGCAGGAGGAAGGAUUCGCGCGUCGCGAGUGGCGCCGUCAAAAUGCCCUCUACCUUGAAGAAAAGGAGAAUAGAGAGAAGGAGAUGCGUAACCAGAUUAUUGAUGAAGCUGAGGAGUAUAAAAGAGCUUUCUACGUGAAAAGGAAUCUCAACAUUGAAUCUAACAAGGCUAACAACAGAGAAAGAGAGAAGCUGUACUUGGCUAACCGGGAGAAGUUCCACAAAGAAGCUGACCAACAUUACUGGAAAGCAAUUGCAGAGUUCAUUCCUUAUGAGGUCCCUAACAUUGAGAAAAAGAGAGGCAAAAGGGAUCCUGACAAGAAGCCUUCGGUUAUUGUAAUUCAGGGUCCAAAGCCUGGGAAACCUACUGACCUAUCCAGGAUGAGGCAAAUUUUCACAAGCCUGAAGCAUAAACCUCCUCCCCAUAUGAUGCCUCCCCCUCCUACACCUGCAAGAUGGAAAGAUGCCAAAGAUUCGAAGGAUGCCAAGAACGAGAAAGAUGAUAAGAACAAGAAGGAUAUCAAAAAUGAGAAAAGUUCAACACCAAAUGGGGCUGUAGAUCAACCUGCUGAACCUGCUGAAGUUAAGCCUGCUGCACCACUUGCUGAAGAUGCAUCUGCUAAUGAUGCUACUCCUGAUCAAUUAAAACCACAGAUUCCUGCUUCCGCUACUGCUGAGAAAGAUGUGGCUGAAGGAGAUAAGAUUGCAGAAGAAGGGGAGAAAGCCGCUGAAUCUGCGCCUGCAGCCCCUGCUGAGUAAUGAUGAUUUCUCAUAUUUUCCCUAUUGAUUUCUUUUGUUUAUUUUGAUAUUCUCUGUUUAAUCAUGAUCCACGGAGAAUAAAAACGGCUACCUGUAGAUUAUUUAGUCUGCAGAAUGGCUGUAAACAAAAUGCCUUCUCAACUUGCUCUAGGAUUUUCUAGGAAAUUAGGCAGUAUAUUAUGAAGCUCCCUUGUUGCUUCCACAUAUUCCUUUAUUCAUUAUCUAGGUAUUCGGCACUUGAUUAAAUUUCGUUUGUAAAUUUGACCUGAAGAAAAGAAAUUCACGAUGAAUGUAGAUCGAACUUGCAACCUUUAAAUUUCCAGUUUAAU